AGCAGUCUGCCAGCCAAUCAGCUGUGCAGAAAGACGAUGACAUCAUGGGCUAGGGAACAGCAAGGAGGCAGCUGAUGCAUCCAAGACACUAAUGUUAGCUCUGGAGGUCAGGAUGGCAGUUCUGCAGAUGGACUAAGCUGGGGUUUCCCUUUCAUUAGAAACACUCACCGUGGAAGGGGCACAGAGGGUGCAGCAUGCCAGGGUGGAUGCCAGGAGGCUGUGAGGACUGCUGAAGAUGUCAGAUAGUGUGGAUAUUGAAGAAAAACCUCCAGCUCCCCCACUGAGAAUGAACAGUAACAACCGCGAUUCUUCAGCAUUGAAUCACUGCUCCAAACCACUUCCCAUGGCCCCCGAAGAGAAGAACAAGAAAGCCAGGCUGCGUUCCAUCUUCCCUGGAGGAGGGGAUAAAACCAAUAAGAAGAAAGAAAAGGAACGCCCAGAGAUCUCGCUCCCUUCAGAUUUUGAGCACACAAUCCACGUUGGAUUUGAUGCUGUCACAGGGGAAUUUACUGGAAUCCCAGAGCAAUGGGCAAGGCUACUGCAAACCUCAAACAUCACCAAACUGGAGCAGAAGAAGAACCCUCAGGCUGUGCUGGAUGUCCUUAAAUUCUAUGAUUCCAAAGAGACUGUGAACAAUCAGAAAUACAUGAGCUUUACUUCUGGAGAUAAAAGUGCACAUGGUUACAUAGCUGCUCACUCUAUGAAUGCAAAGACUGCAUCUGAGCCUCCGCUUGCACCUCCCGUAUCAGAAGAGGAAGAUGAAGAAGAGGAAGAGGAGGAGGAUGACAACGAGCCACCACCAGUUAUCGCCCCUCGCCCAGAACAUACAAAAUCAGUGAGCACUAACAGCCUCUACUUGCCGCCAGUUAUCGCCCCUCGCCCAGAACAUACAAAAUCAAUCUACACUCGAUCUGUCAUUGAACCCGUUGCCAUACCAGCACCAGCUAAAGAAGCCUCUACAUCCCCCGUGACUACCCAGCCAGAAAACUCAAGCACGAGCACUUUGUACAGGAAUACCGACCGGCAACGCAAAAAAUCCAAGAUGACAGAUGAAGAAAUACUUGAGAAACUAAGAAGCAUAGUCAGUGUGGGGGACCCGAAAAAAAAAUACACACGGUUUGAAAAGAUUGGCCAAGGGGCUUCUGGUACUGUGUAUACAGCAAUAGACAUUGCUACAGGACAAGAGGUGGCAAUAAAGCAAAUGAACCUUCAACAACAGCCUAAAAAAGAAUUAAUUAUUAAUGAGAUCUUAGUCAUGAGGGAAAAUAAGAAUUCCAACAUUGUGAAUUAUUUAGACAGUUAUCUUGUUGGGGACGAACUAUGGGUAGUUAUGGAGUACCUUGCUGGAGGUUCUCUGACAGAUGUUGUUACAGAGACGUGUAUGGAUGAAGGACAGAUUGCUGCAGUUUGUCGAGAGUGCCUACAAGCCUUGGACUUCUUACAUUCAAACCAGGUGAUUCACAGGGACAUUAAAAGUGACAACAUAUUGCUUGGCAUGGAUGGAUCUGUAAAACUCACGGACUUUGGCUUUUGUGCUCAGAUUACGCCUGAGCAAAGUAAACGUAGCACAAUGGUGGGGACACCCUACUGGAUGGCACCUGAAGUGGUGACAAGAAAAGCAUACGGCCCUAAAGUGGACAUUUGGUCUCUUGGGAUCAUGGCCAUCGAGAUGGUAGAAGGAGAACCUCCUUACCUUAAUGAAAAUCCCCUGCGGGCAUUGUAUCUGAUAGCUACCAAUGGGACGCCAGAACUGCAGAACCCAGAGCGACUGUCAGCCAUAUUCCGAGACUUCUUAAACCGAUGCUUAGAGAUGGAUGUAGACAGAAGAGGCUCAGCCAAGGAGCUGUUACAGCAUCCAUUUUUAAAACUAGCCAAGCCUUUGUCUAGCCUGACUCCAUUGAUCAUAGCAGCAAAGGAAGCCAUUAAGAACAGCAGCCGCUAGCCACACAGCUUACAAGUCUGCGCAGGAGAACACAGAACUCAGCAAAAUCUGAAAAAAACCUCAUCCCCUUGCGCACAAGGAUUAACAAUCUUAUCAGUCGUAGGGUGACAAAGCCCAACAUGAAGCACCUAUGAAAGUGUCUUCUUUCUGCCCUCUUGGAUUCCUUAAACUCAUUUUAUUUCUUUUGUAAGUCUGCAAAACAGUCUGAAACUGGUGCUGAGCAUCUACAUCCUGAUUAUGUGCAGAAACUUUCAUUAGAUGGGGUUUAAUUUCAUAACAGACGGUUCAUUUUCUGGUUUCUUGUUUGAUUUGUAUUAAAAAGAAGAAAAAAAAAAACUGAAAAAAGGUUCUGCAGCAUUUUCAAACAUGCAGCAAAUUCAUCUACAGAUGACCCCUUGUGAUUCAUAAUGAUCCUUUACCCCUAUGCACUCAUACUCCUCAAGGUGUCUCCGUCUACCUGGUUUCAGUGCAGGGUCUGUUUACAUAAAUGAAGGUUACAUUUGCAUGAAAAGCAACCAUUCCUCAUCUGGACUUUACAACUGAUUGUCUGGGAUACACUACAGCCGUAAGAACAGCAAUUCCAUCAUAUGGCAUGAUGCCUAAAAACCCUUUUAUUGCCAACGGAGACUGGAGCACAACGCUUUGCGUCUUACUGCAGUUGGGGGGGUUGGCCGUGUUUACUCUUGACAAAGAUUAUUAGUCUUCAACUACAGGAUUUUUUUUUUUCUUUCUUUUCCUUGGUUUACCGUGUCACUUGGUUCCUAGAUUUGCUGUGAUCACACAGUUUCUUUAAAAUCGGGUGUUUAUAAUAAAACAAAUCAUUCUGCAGUGUCUUAUUGGUUCCAGUGUAGGUCUGCAGCUUUGAUUUUCAAUUAGUGACUGCAUUUAAAGGGUCAGUGUUGUAUCACUAGAGAUUUAAGGAAGUUUGGAUCAUAAAAAGGGACACUUGGCUUUUUACUAUGAAGUCACAUUGAGGGUCCACAGUGGUCUGUAUAUCAAUCUAGCCACUAAAUUGUAUUAUUGCCUUUAUAAUUGAUUACAUUAAGAGUUUAACAUAACUAUUACAUAUAAAUUGGGUGACUAUGAGCUAAUCUUUGAAAAUUCAAAGGGAAUUACCUCCAGUUCAAUGGUAAUCUCAUUGUGAUGUAUUUGUGAUGUGCCUCAUAGAGAAAUUGCAUUUUUUUGUUCUGUCAAUAGGCCCAGAUUAGAAAACCAAACAAACAAAUAAAAAAUAAAUAUGUUUUGUUAAUAGUA